AUGGCUUCUGGGAUGGACAGCAGUGGACUCGACAAUCUUGCGUUUGAUAUGGAUGAGCAAAUUAAUGAUCACCUCAAAGGAAAGGCGUGUAAAACGUCUGAAACAGAUGGAGACAGAAAUAAACCGACCUAUUGUGUGACUGAUGUUCCACCUUGGUACCUGUGCAUUUUCUUGGCCAUUCAGCAUUACCUGACAGCAUUUGGUGGGAUAAUCUCCAUCCCUCUCAUCCUCUCAGAGGGCCUAUGUCUGCAGCAUGACAGCCUGACCCAGAGUCAGCUCAUUAACAACAUUUUCUUCGUCUCUGGCCUGUGCACGAUUCUGCAGGUCAUCUUCGGUGUCAGGCUUCCCAUCCUACAGGGAGGUACAUUUGCCUUGGUGACCCCAGCCAUGGCCUUGUUGUCCAUGCCAGACUGGGAAUGCCCAGCUUGGACCAAGAAUGCCAGCCUGGUCAAUACCUCCUCACCUGUCUUCAUAGAAGUGUGGCAGACCCGCAUGAGAACACUGCAGGGCUCUAUUAUGGUGGCCUCUCUCCUCCAGGUCUUGGUUGGUUUCUCUGGCCUCAUCGGCUUCCUCAUGCGCUUCAUUGGCCCCUUAACCAUUGCUCCAACCGUGUCACUCAUAGGCCUGUCGCUGUACGACUCAGCUGGAGUGAAGGCAGGCAGCCACUGGGGCAUUUCUGCUAUGACCACAGUGCUGAUCAUCCUUUUCUCUCAGUAUCUCCGCCGCAUACCAAUCCCUGUUCCUGCAUACGACAAGAUCAAGAAACUGCAUGUCUCAAAGUUCUUUCUCUUUCAGAUAAUGCCAAUUCUCCUGGGCAUUGCAGUCUCAUGGUUAGUCUGCUACCUUCUCACCAUCUAUGAUGUCCUGCCAUCUGAUCCGGAUGAAUACGGCUACCUGGCUCGCACAGAUGUGAAGGGAAGUGUCGUGAGUGAGGCUUCUUGGUUCACAUUUACUUAUCCUGGUAAAUGGGGGUUGCCAACUAUUAGCCUGGCAGGUGUGGUUGGCAUUAUUGCUGGAAUAAUAUGCUCCAUGGCAGAGUCUGUGGGUGACUACCAUGCAUGUGCCAGGCUGUCAGGAGCACCACCUCCCCCCAAGCACGCCAUCAAUCGGGGCAUCGGUAUCGAGGGAGUCGGGUCUCUGUUGGCAGGGGCGUUUGGCACGGGCAAUGGCACUACUUCGUUUAGUGAGAAUGUGGCAGCCCUCGGCAUCACCAGAGUGGGCAGUCGAACAGUGAUUCUUCUGAGUGGAUUUGUCAUGAUUUUGAUGGGGAUCCUGGGAAAAAUUGGAGCAAUCUUCACAACCAUCCCUACACCUGUGAUUGGAGGGAUGUUCAUGAUCAUGUUUGGAGUCAUAGGAGCUGCUGGAAUUUCUAAUCUGCAGUCCACAGAUAUGAAUUCUUCUCGGAAUAUUUUUAUAUUUGGUUUCUCCAUGUUUUCUGCACUUGUUAUUCCAAAUUGGAUCAUGAAGAAUCCAACUUUUCUUGACACAGGUGUCAAGGAGGUGGAUCAAGUGUUGCAAAUAUUGUUGACUACUCAUAUGUUUGUAGGAGGGUUCCUUGGCUUCUUCUUAGAUAACACAAUUCCUGGGACUAAACGUGAACGUGGCCUCUUAGCCUGGGAAAACGUGGAUCUUCAAGACUCUAGCAGCAGUUUGGAAACUGAUGAGGUGUAUGAUCUUCCUUUUGGCAUAACUUCUCACCUCCAAUCUCAAUCUUGGGCUCGUUACAUCCCUUUCUGCCCACACAAGGGUCACAGAUCUCAGUCGGAGGACAACCAUGUGUCACAGAGCCCGGGGAGUGAGUACAGCACACGGAUCUGA